ACAGAAUUGAGACACAUGUCUCAAUCUCUUUUUUUCGGUAUUGUUACAGCAGGGGUAUGGGUGCGGGUGGCAGCACUGUGGAGGUGGCAGCACUGGGAGAAGCGGGAACAGGCAGAGAGGGGAGACGCGUGGCCAGAGAGGAGGCCAGCGUGUGCCUGCCUGCUUUACUAUGUGUUGUGUUGCUCCUGUGGUGCCAAACUCACAGAGAACUCAUGGGAUAACUUUGUAAACAUCUCCAUUCCACUGUCUGAGGCAUCCCAGCUGGUGACCAUCCUGGGACACCCCCACCUCAUGGUCCAGACCCUCAGGAACCCUGCUGACCUUGCUUUUGACUUGGUGACUGUCAGGAGGUCAGGCUGCUCAGGAGUGGGAGAGGAUAUUUGAACCAGAAAGCAAAGCCAGCACAACCCACUUCAAAGCUUCCUUGGAGGGUUUCUAUGGACUCAUUCUAGAGAAACUGGUCACUAAGAAAUUUUCAGACUCUCUCCUCAUUGGCCUUCCCAAGCACCAGCAGUAUUAGCACAAUGGCACAAGACGGGGAGGACAUGGUGCCUCUCGACCCCGAGCUUCUGGCUGAGCUGGAGGAGGAAGCAGCCUCUUGCUAUACUGAGAAGGAUAACCAGUUUACAGAGCACUGCAAGAAGAGCCUGCCUAAGCUGCCAAUACUCCCUGCUGACAGAUUUGACUGCAGCAGACAGUGCAGAGGCAACUUUAGGCAUCCAGACUACAGGAAGGAAGGAGGCUGCAGGGAUCAAGGGGAGUACAGAGGUCAUGGGAAUUAUAGGGAUCGUGGGAAUUACAGGGAUCACAGGAGGGAAUAUUCUCACCACAGGCAAGGGAGGUUUGUCAGUGACCACAGAGAUCAUGAUGACAGCAGAAGGGAUAGCGAGAAGAGGAAGUACAGGUCUGAGAAGGAGAGUGAUGAGUAUGGAAGAAGGAAUUACCAGUCCAGCAAAUACUACAAUGGGUGAGGGGGGGGGGUGUCAUCCUGUUGAGUUUUGUGAAUCCAGUGGCUGGUAUAUUUAUCUUUCAUCAGGGAUUUCACACAAGCUUCCACACCAUUAAUUCUUUGACCAUUACCAAAGGUUACUGACAUUUAAUUUACAUUUAAAUGCCUGCCUGCCUGUCUGUUCAUAUCUUUCUCUCACAACGUACUCACCAUUCACUUGUGAACAUUUAGAUUUUUAGGAAAUAUUUUUGAGCAAGUUCCUUCAUCACAAGGCAACCAUCUACUAAAAAGAAAGAAAAAUGGAAUAUAUGUUGGCAUUUCCUUGAUUGCUUUUGGUGUUAGUGUGUGACUUUCCAGAGUGACAAUACAAGUGUUAUCCCCACUACAAGUCAUGCACUAUAUAUAACAUCACUGAGUAUCUUUUCUCUCAUUUUCAUAUAAAUGUUUGUAACAUUUUCAUAUAAAUGUAUGCUAACUUUUAUGUGGACUUGCUGUAAGAUUUUUUAAAAGUAAAGUAUUUUUCCAA